AAAAAAGGUAAUAGGCGAGGAUAUCUAGUUUUCAUGAGUAAGCUCGUGCGUUACAGACCCAGCCCCUCCUCUGUUGAGAUACUAUGUUCUGUAUUAUUCGAUGAAGUUCAAAAAAAAUCCAUUUAAUAUCUAUCCCAAAAAAUGAUCAGACUAUCACUCUGAAGAAUUUGAAUAAAAUAAAUAAGAAAUCUUGACUUGGUUGUGGGGAUGCAGAUACGCGUCAGAAGAUCUAUGCUUCACUUGUUCUUGUUCUUGACUUCUUGAAAAAUUUGGUUUCCAGAUGGAUUUUCAUAAAUCACAGGGUCACUUCAAAACUUCCUGGCGACCACGCUUCUUGUUCUUGUGAUCAAUUCUAGCAGUAGUUUCUUCGACAAAAGCAUCGAUGUGGUUCAUCUUCAGCUCCUCACUUCCUUGCUUAUAAAAGUUGUGAUCUCUUCUGAACAAUUUCAAGCGUCGUCUUUCGUCGCUUCUACUUGUGGCCGUUUUUCUUUGUGAUUCCGUGACCAAGAAGAAUCAGCAUCUUAAGCUCCUCUCAUAUUCUUAUCGAUGGGAAGGCGUCUUCCUGUUGCUCCUUCAAGACCAUCCAGUUCUUAAAAAAUAUUUAUUAGAAUCAUUAUCAUGAACCGGAAAAUAUCCCAGUCAGGGCUUGAUGUUUGUACUCGGAUAAGUAUAUACCUCCUUCUUCAUUUUCUUCGUGGAAGUCUAUAGUUUCGGCUCAGCAGAAUGAUAAUAAAGAUUAAUUGAUUUAGUACUCGUUGAGCAUCUAACGUCUUAUCUUCUUGUCCCUCGUCAGUCUGUCUCUCUCUCCGUAGCAGUAGGCCGACUGGAAGUAAAUAACUUUUCAACAACUUCCGAAUUUCUCACAAGCUCGGAAGACUUCAGUUCUCUCAUGAAAAGCAUUUGAUUCAAAAACCUUAACAUGUCGCUCUUUUUUUAUCUGUUGCCAAUCUUAUGGAAGGACGCUGUCGCGAGAUGCCUAUCAUGCUUCCGCUUUCUUUGCAUCUGAUAAAAAACGCGAAUACUAAGAACUCUUGCCUACUGUAAUUUUUGUACUCGUUUCUAAUGGUGAUUAUGCAUUCGACGAGUCCGACAGCAUGCAAAUGAAAUACGUUGAAGCCAAAGGCUUUGCUGCAGAGGAACUAUUGAACACCUCCACAGAUAUCAAGCACUGCCUCGCAUGCAGCUGCAAAACUUUCGAACAAAGAGCACGCAAGUGGAAUACGAAUGGCCAACGGAUUUGAACAUCACGAUCUAACAAGAUUUUUCUUAUAUUAAAUUGUAUUCGUGUUUCAACAAUAAGGCUAGGCGCCGUCAGCUUUUAUAAUCACCUGGGGGAGUCCCUGCCACCGGAAAAAAUGAUAGGGUGUGGUCCAACGAGGACGUGUUUUGAUCUUCAUAUCUUCAAUGUGUGCUACGGAUGGAGCUGCAACGAGGAUCCAGACAGUAAAACAAAGAUCCUACAAGGCAUGAAUGAUCAUCCAGAUGGAACCGAUGGAUCACAAAAUAAGUAG